CAAAGUCUUAGGUAGUAUUUCUCUUACUUGCCAACAAACAUCACCUUUACUCACUGUGACUGGGUCACCACUCAUCCCUCAAUUGCAAAGUCAAGAUGGACGCCAAAUCCCCCCACAUCAAGAACCGCGACACUCCCCAAUGGGGCCUCUACCAGCGGAAUAUGUUUUGGAGAUACAACGAUCGGGAACUGCCGCCUUUUAACACCCACCCAGACGUCCUCGAACGCCUCGCCUCCCGCAAACUCUCGCAAAACGGCUGGCUCUACGCCUCCUCCAACGCCGGACUCUCCCACACCCACCUCGCCAACCGACAAGCCUUCUUCCGGCACAAGCUCGUGCCGAGACAACUAGUCGACACCAACGAGCGGUCCACGCGCACCUCUCUCUUUGACGGGAAAUGGGAGGUCUCAGCCCCCUUUGGCAUCGCGCCCGUGGGAAUCAACAAGAUUUACCACGAUCAGGGAGAGCUGGCGGUUGCCAAGGCGGCGGGUGAGCUGGGGCUGGUGUAUAGUUUGAGUACGGCGGGGAGUUUUCCUAUUGAGGACGUCGGCAAGGCGAACGAAGAGGGGAGGGCCAACCGGUUCAAGGCCAAUGAGAAUCUAGAUGUGGAUGUGGAUGUGGAAGGGGAAGGUGGGCAUGAAAACUCGAAAAAAGUUCCCGAAGCGCCCCGGUUUUUCCAGCUCUACAUGCCUCACGACGACGAGUUGACCCUGAGCUUGCUCAAGCGGGCGCACGAGUCCGGCUUCCAGGCGUGUAUGCUGACCACGGACACGUCGCAGCUAGGGUGGCGACACGAUGAUGUCGCAACGAGCAACUAUGCUUUCUACCGCGGCAUCGGCGGAGAACUGGGUUUCACGGACCCCGUCUUUCAAAAGAGAAUGGCCGAGGCCGGGGUUGACCCCCAGAAAGACGCCGUGAAGGCAGCGAGUAUGUGGAUCGACACCAUCUGGCAUGGCCGGGCGUGGUCGUGGGACAAGGCCGUUUGGGCGCGCGAGAAGUGGCAGGAGAUUGCCGGGAAAGAUAAACCCUUUUUGAUCAAGGGAAUUCAAAGCGUGAACGACGCCAAAAAGGCGGCGGAUUUGGGGUUUGAGGGCGUGGUGGUGAGUAACCAUGCGGGAAGACAGGUGGAUGGGGCGGUGGGCAGUUUGGAUGCCCUGGAGAGCAUUGUCAAGGCAGUUGGGGAGAGGAGGGGGUUUACGGUCAUGUUUGAUAGCGGGGUGAGAGGAGCGGCGGAUGUAAUGAAAGCGCUGGCGCUGGGAGCCAAGUUUGUGUUUAUUGGGAGACUGUGGAUUUGGGGGUUGGCGAUCAUGGGGGAGGAAGGUGUGAGGCAUGUGUUGAGGAGUCUGUUGGCGGAUUUUGACAUUCUGAUGAAUGUGAUGGGGGUGAGGAGUGUGGACGAGAUUGAUGGCAGUCUCUUGGAAAGUGGGCCGAGGGUUUAUGGGUUGUUGAAUGAGAAGAGUAAGUUGUGAGAUGGGGAUGGCGUCGUAUGGCGGCAGAAGGUGUAUAAAAUCUUGCUAGAGGUAGAAGGUAGGCUGUAGACAAAAACCAUCAGCCCUUGA